AUGGGAGAGUCCAGGAAGCGCUUCCUUGGCCGGGCUGUGAGGAAUAGCUUGCCGGUGCCCCGGGACUUGCAGCUGCCCCCGACCAAGCGAGACCAGCCGGCUUUCAGAGAACAAAGAAAACAAAAACUCAAGGAAUAUCUAUUAAUACGAAAAACAAUGUUUCCAUACAAACAAGAAAAUCAGAUAUCCAGAGAUCAGAAAGUGAUGACAUUUGAGGAUCAGGUCCAAGAAGGGAAAAAAGUUGUGAAACUCAAAACAGAAGUGGCUGAUAAAGAAAAUAUUGGAAGUACAGUUGAAACAAACUGCCUUCCAUUAAAAGCUGGAGAAGUAGCCAGCUCAGAAAGACAUAACCUGAAGGCUAAUAUUCAAGCGGUGCAGUUAUUAUCAACGAAAGAUGACUCCUCAGGUCAGACUGUGACAGACCAGGCAUGUCACCAUAAAGACAAUAAAAAGAUGCAGAUGACUGAAGAGAAGCCCAAACAAGACACUAACAUGUCUAAAAAACGAGUGCUUGGCUAUUAUCAUGGCCAGAUUGUUCAGUCUAAGAUUAAUUCAUUUAGAAAGCUUCCCAGUGUCAAAGGCGAGAGUCUUGCCACAACCAAGAAACUUCCCACUGCUGUGUCUAAAGCCACGAAGGCUCAGUGUGAGCCUGCGAACGCCAUCAGUGUAAGAGCCUCAAACACAACUGCUGCCACCAACUCUGCAGACACUAAAUCUGUGAGCACCUCAUGGAAGAGCACACUUGUGCAGCCACCUAUCCAAAGCCUCCACAGUAGUACCCACGGCGCUGCGAAACAAGGCCUCAGCAGGCCCCUUGCCAAUGUUACAGUCAGAAAAGGAGUGCUUGAAAACGAAUCACAUCGAUCAGAACCAGUUGUGUCUGUCGUCAAAACCAAUUCUUCUCAGGACACAAAAAGAGACAAGGCCCCUUCAAGAAGCAUAAUAUCUAAAGAUGUAACCUGGAGUAACUCGUCUAGUGCCAGACUGAUAGUAAAGUCAAAAGACACUGACCAGCGCAGAUACACGAUCGCAGGAGGGGCAACUGUUCACAGACCAGCUCAGCUCAAAGACCCCGCAGCAGACAGGAAAGCUCAGAAGACCGAGUGGAGAACUGGUAAAGGAAAGGGGCUAAAAAGACCUCCUCAUUCAGUGGUCACCCAGGCUGAGCCGAAAGGGCGAAAUGAAAACCCAGUUGGGUCCUUUUGGUCUACCAUGGCAGAAGAAGAUGAACAGAGAUUAUUUACUGAAAAAGUAAACAAAACAAUUUCUGAAUGCCUGAACCUCAUUAAUAAGGGGUGCCCAAAAGAAGAAGUUUUAGCUACAUUGAAUGACCUGAUUCAUAAUAUUCCAGAUGCCAAAAAACUUGUUAAAUAUUGGAUAUGUCUUGUACGUAUUGAACCAGUCACAAGUCCUAUUGAAAAUAUUAUCUCAAUCUAUGAGAAGGCCAUUCUGGCAGGGGCUCAGCCUAUUGAAGAGAUGCGACAUAUAAUCAUAGAUAUUCUGACAACGAAGAAUCAAGAAAAAGUCAAUCUGGGAGAAAAUAUUGAGGAGGCUCAUGCAACCAAGGAGCAUAUCCAAGAAGGAAAUGUUGAAGGAUCAGGAGGGUCAGGAAAGCCAGAAGAGGAGAAUGAACAUCAAGGAAAAGUUGAGGUUUGUGAAGACGAUCAAGACAUCAAAACAAAAGAUCCAACCAAUGAUUUAACAACCCCAGACUCAAAACCUGAAGCAGGCUGCCUGAUUCGAUAUAAUAUAUCUUCUACACCACGGUUGCAAAGUAUUAAAAAGAUGCAACAUGAUAAAAAUUCUACAUUUAAAGAGCUAAAGUUUCUGACACCAGUGAGACGCUCACGACGCAUUCAAGACAAGACUUUACAACUGCCAGCCAUGUUAAAAGACCACGACCCUUCUGUGUCCUCCCUGGAGCAGCUGUCUGAGUUGGGAGGGGAUGCUUUUGUUUGCCGCCCUAAUGCAGCACUGUGCCCUCUGUUCUUGGAGACGGCCGGAGCCAAAGAGGAAUAGCACUCCUGAGUCCUGAGCGAGGCCGUGCGUGUGGACAACUUUAUAGUAGGUUUGAAGUUGUCCACAUGCCUAAGUGUGAU